AUGGGAUAUCCUUUUAUUCAUCAAAUGCUCUUUAAAUACAAUCACAAAAUGAUCAAAAACCCAGAUUUCAUCCAUAAUGGCAGACCCAUUUGCGAGUCAACGGUAAUAGUAAAAUACAUUGACGAAGUCUGGAACCACAAGUCUCCAUUGUUCCCCUCUGAUCCUCACCAACGAGCACAUGCCAAAUUCUGGGAUGACUAUGUCGACAAGAAGAUUUUUGGUGGAGGGAUGCAGUGGGCAGCAUCAAAAGGGGAAGUGAAAGAAGCUGCAAAGAAGGAUCUGAUUGGGUGCUUUAAAACAUUGGAGGAAGAGCUUGGAGACAAGCCUUUCUUCGGAGGUGAAAGUUUCGGCUACGUUGAUUUGGUCCUCAUUCCAUGCUAUAGCUUGUUCUAUACAUAUGAGAGCUUGGGAAAUUUGAGCAUGGCAGAGGAGUGCCCAAAGAUCGUGGACUGGGCGCAGAGAUGCUUGCAAAAGGAGAGUGUCUCUAAGUCUUUAUGUGAUCAGCAGAAGUCGUAUGCUAUUAUCUCGGAGAUAAGCAGAAGCGGAUCUGCAUGGACUUCAGUCCAAAAAUUCUUAGACAAACUUGAUCUACUACAAAAUUCAUAA